AUCUUUGAAUUAGGACUUGUUUUCCUGUUCUGUUUUCUAAUUGAAUGUCUAACAUCUAUUUUUAGAUAGUUUGAUCAAUUAAGCUAAGGUGUUAUAUACAUCAUUUACGUUAACAUUUUCCUUUCUUCUUUUAUUAUUUGAUACGAUUCUGUUUUUCUUGCUAGAUGGUGUCUAAGCUGUUGGACCGUUGCAACUCUGCCUUGCGAGACAUUGAGAAUCCUAACCUCCAUGACUACCCUAGCCUUUGGGACUAUGAGCAUCAGGCUGAGCACUUUGGCUUUGACUUUCAAGAAGUUUUCCGUCCGUGGCUCGAGAGUCAGAUCUCCGCCUGGCCUGAGGGUGGCAUUCCCCAAUUUUUCUCCCCUUACAUAGAAAGAGGAUGGAGAGGGGUUAUUGUUGCUGUUGAUCAUUCAGUUGCUGGUAGAGACCGUAUACCACUGUUAUCAUCGGUGGUCCAUGAUUUAAUUCAAUUCAAUUCUCGUGUGAUUGGCUGUGUCACUGGAGAGGUUGAUGACUGUGAAAAUUUGCUUAGUGACCUCCCACAGGAGGUAAAAAGCGGUACUGCUGCAGAUGUUUCAAAUUGGCUGGUUAGAACACUUUCUUCUCGCAACGUGAAGGGUUUGUCGGGACUAGUGAUUGCAGGGUGGGACAAUACGGGUCCUAGCUUGUACCGCGUGGAUGGUGAGGGGAAACUGCACCGGGGAGUAUUGUUUGCCGGUGGAUCUUGUUCAGAAUUUGGUUAUGGUGUUGUUGCUUCUUGUGGAAGUGAUGAAAGCGGUGUGAAAGUGGUAAAAUUGGUGGUUCUGUGGAGGGACCAAAAGGUCGAUGACACUGAUGAAGAGGUUGCUGAUGCUAUCAGAGAAGCAAAGGCAGAGCCCAAAAGGCAUAAUGCUGAUACAGUAGCUCUAUGA